GUGGCACCCCUUUCUGUGUGCAAUGAUUACUGCAUCCCCGGCUAUCAUAAGAGAAAGAAAGAAGGGGAGAAAUUUUGCUGCUACGAUUGUGUGCCUUGCCCAGAAGGGAAGAUUUCAAGGCAGAAGGAUAUGGAUGAUUGUGUCAAACGCCCAAGUGAUCAAUAUCCAAACAAGAAGAAAGAUGGAUGCAUUCCCAAGACAAUGAACUUCCUAUCUUUUGAAGAACCUUUAGGAAUUACUUUGCUUUCCAUAGCUGUUUCUUUAGUUCUUAUCACUACUGUAGUGUUAGGACUUUUCAUUAAAAACAAAGACACCCCCAUCGUCAGAGCCAACAACCGGGAUAUCACCUACAUACUUCUCGUUUCUCUCCUGCUCAGCUUCUUCUCUUCUUUGCUGUUCCUUGGUCAACCAACAAAGGUCACCUGCAUCCUCCGACAACCUGCUUUUAGCAUCAUCUUCUCAGUGGCUGUUUCUUGUGUGCUGGCUAAAACCAUUACUGUGGUUGUAGCAUUUAUGGCGACCAAACCAGGGUCCAGCAUGAGGAAAUGGGUGGGGAAAAGACUGACCAACACAGUUGUCCUGUCCUCUUCCCUCAUUCAAACAGGCAUUUCUGUGGUGUGGUUGGGAACCUCCCCACCAUUCCCUGUUUUUGACACACACUCACUGAAUGAAGAGAUCAUAAUCGAAUGCAAUGAGGGGUCUGUCACCAUGUUUUAUAUUGCUCUGGGCUACAUGGGACUUCUGUCCCUCAUCAGCUUGAUCGUGGCUUUCCUAGCCAGGAAGCUGCCCGACAGUUUCAAUGAAGCCAAUAUGUUCACCAAGUUCCACCAGCACAUCCUGGUGUUGGCGUUCGCAGUAAAUGAGAUCAACAAAAAUCCCAGAAUCUUGCCGAAUGUCACUCUUGGGUUCCACAUCUAUGACAGCUACUAUGCUAUGAGGAUGACCUAUCGUACCACCUUUGAUCUGCUCUAUAAAUCACAUCAAUAUGUUCCAAACUAUGAAUGUGAUGGCCACAAAAAACUAAUGGCUGUCAUUGGGGGACUGAGUUCUGAUAUCUCUUUCCACAUGUCAGACAUGCUAAGUCUCUACAAGAUUCCACAGGUUCAUGCCUUUCUACAAGCCAUUACAUUCAACAACUCGGCUGGAGAAAGAUUGUCUUUUAAUGACAAAUGGGAAAUGGAAGGUGGAUUUGAUAUAAUGAACGUGGUCACUUUCCCAAACACAUCAUUCCGCAGGGUGAAAAUUGGAAUGGUAAAUCCCAAUGCUCCUGAAGGAGAAGAACUCAUCAUCCAUGAGAAUAUGAUAGUGUGGCAAAGCAUUUUUAAUCAGAUGGCACCCAUUUCUGUGUGCAAUGAUUACUGCAUCCCGGGCUACCAUAAGAGAAAGAAAGAAGGGGAGAAAUUUUGCUGCUAUGAUUGUGUGCCUUGCCCAGAAGGGAAGAUUUCAAGGCAAAAGGAUAUGGAUGAUUGUGUCAAAUGCCCAAGUGAUCAAUAUCCAAAAAAGAAGAAAAAUGGAUGCAUUCCCAAGACAAUGAACUUCCUAUCUUUUGAAGAACCUUUAGGAAUUACUUUGCUUUCCAUAGCUGUUUCUUUAGUUCUUAUCACUACUGUAGUGUUAGGACUUUUCAUUAAAAACAAAGACACCCCCAUCGUCAGAGCCAACAACCGGGAUAUCACCUACAUACUUCUCGUUUCUCUCCUGCUCAGCUUCUUCUCUUCUUUGCUGUUUAUUGGCCAGCCAACAAAGGUCACCUGCAUCCUCCGACAACCUGCUUUUAGCAUCAUCUUCUCAGUGGCUGUUUCCUGUGUGCUGGCUAAAACCAUUACUGUGGUUGUAGCAUUUAUGGCGACCAAACCAGGGUCCAGCAUGAGGAAAUGGGUGGGGAAAAGACUGACCAACACAGUUGUCCUGUCCUCUUCCCUCAUUCAAGCAAGCAUUUCUGUGGUGUGGUUGGGAACCUCCCCACCAUUCCCAAUUUUUGACACACACUCACUGAAUGAAGAGAUCAUAAUAGAAUGCAAUGAGGGGUCUGUCACCAUGUUUUAUAUUGCUCUGGGCUACAUGGGACUUCUGUCCCUCAUCAGCUUGAUUGUGGCUUUCCUAGCCAGGAAGCUGCCCGACAGUUUCAAUGAAGCCAAGUUCAUCACUUUCAGCAUGAUGAUCUUUUGCAGUGUUUGGGUCUCUUUUGUUCCAACCUAUCUGAGCACCAAAGGGAAAUCUAUGGUAGCUGUGGAGGUCUUCUCUAUCUUGGUGUCCAGUGCUGGGUUACUAGGCUGUGUCUUUUCCCAAAAAUGUUAUAUCAUUUUGUUGAGGCCUGAGCUGAACAGGAGAGAGGAACUGAUAAGAAUAAAACAUAAUUAG